CGGAAAUCGUAACUGAUAUGAUCGUAGCAGUGCACAGUUUGACGCAAGUAGUUUUUAUAUGUAUCCAGUUGCCUACUUAUAUUUUUAUUUGCGAAUCGGUGUUAGGUAUUGUGCCGAAAUGUUUGUUCAAUAUAGUAUUAAUUUCAAUAUUACAAAAUGAUUUUAUAAUAAUUUUCGCAGUGUUAAAUAUUAAAUACCUAUACGUUUUACGUACAAUCAAGAUAAUAUUAUUAUGUAUAACUUCAGUAUAUAGCAUAUGCACGCGCCGCAUAUUUCGUAAGUAUAAGUAUGCUCAUUGACUUAUAUUAGAAUACUUUGUAAUACAAUUAUAUACUUACCGAGGACGGCAAUAAUUCGAUUUGUACAUAAAUUACACACAUUCAAAAUUAUAAAUUAUUAAUCUACCGGCUAUUGGUUGCGCAGACGAUUUUAAUUGUCUUAAAUCCAAAACGUUUAUGUAUGAAUUAUAUGUAUAUCUUAAGAGUAUAAUACCAGUAGCUGAAUAAGGAUGGGAAAUGGGGAUUUUCUCACCACUGGAAUAUAAUAUUAUAAUAUGUAGGUACAUUUAGUUCAUUCAUCGCAUAUAUACGAGUGUAAACCAAUAACGAAUAUAUUCCGAUGCACUCCAAUUUGAUUUUGAUGAAUAAAUUAUUAUUAUUAAUACAAUUUUUUUUAAAAAUAAUUUGUAAUGCGUUAAAAGUAUGAAUAACAAAAGAAAGCCGAUACUUCUUAUAGGUGUGUCAAUGUUGUAAGUAGGAAAUUAAGAAGAUAGGAUACUUAAAAGUAUUUAAUUUAUGUCUGUACGCAACAAUAAAUCGUUACUGACGAAAUAUGAUUUCGAGUGAAGUCGGUUGAACAUGUUUUUAAAUGCCAUAAUUUUUUCGAUUUUCAUCAAAAUUUGAACUUAAAAAACAAUUACAUUUAGCCCAAUUUUUUGUUUGUUGAUAAUUAAGAAAGUACAUCUUAUUUAUAUACAUAUACACCUCGAAUUCAAUUUUCCAGCAUUUCUGAUUGGCCAAACUAUUUUAUCCACAAGAAAAUAUUAAUUAAAAACUAAAAAAAAAAAAAAAUCAAAAAUUUAAAAUGCCUAUAAAUAAUUUAAAAAUUGUCAAAAUGUAAACAUUGUAAUUUUACGAUUUUUUUAAGCGAAUAGUAGAAAAAAAAAUCGAAAAUGAAACCGUUAUUUCCAUAAAAUUUCCCGGAUUUCCUAAGUUUUUCAAAAGAAUUAAAGAAACUACACAAAAAAUCAAAGAAUGACUCUUUUAAGUGCCAAUUAGAAAACAUUUUCAUCUGUAAAAGAUACACAUGAAAUUUUAUGUAAGAUUUCCAGUAAAAGAACAAAAUUAAAAAUAAUGAAACUUUUAUUACCGUGAACUUUUCCGUUUUUUUCUCAAUUAUGAAAAAAAAACAAGAAAAAUCAAAAAACGACUUCAGCACACCAACUAAAUUCUAAGUUCUACAAAAAAGCUCUAUUGUCGUUUUUUCAACUAGAGUAGGGUUGAGUAAAAUGGUUAUAGACACACAAAAAAAUAAUGUUCACGUCAUAUUAGAACCAUUGAAUUCCUCGGUGGGCUCAGAAUGUAAAAUAUCUAUCAUUAUUGUUGGAUGGGUUGAAAUUAAUAUUUGAAAUUUUAGAUUCUGAACAUAGCGAGGGAUCUAUUUGUUUUUUCAUUUUGUAUAGAAAAGUAUAUUUAUAAAACUAAUAUUGAACUUAUAUUUCGGACGCAAGACUUUGAAAAAACUUAAGAGUAAAGAUUAAUAUAAAUACACCCACAAGCAGUAGAGUUUGGUUACCAGAGGAGAAUUUCCCCUCGCCUAUUUUGUAUAAUAGGAAUAUUAUUUGGAAAAUAACCGAAUAUUAUAAUAAUACAAUAAGUAUCUUUUUAUAAUUUUUUACUUUUAAAAAAUGAUAGUGGUGGAGGUUGAAAAUCGAAACCCUCAAAAGGUAUACAUUCUUGAUACAAACCCGUCAUAAGAUAUUUUCUGCCCCAAAGCGAAAAUUUUACUGUCGUAUUUUUGACGAUUAUUAAUUUUAUUUUGCCGCUUCAAUUUGUUUAAAAUUGUAUGCCUCCCUAAGGCAACGCAUGGUUUGAUUGUACUCUAACGACGGGCCUGUAUUGAUACUAACGUAAUUCAUAUAUACAAUGUUAACCCCUUGACUUUAUUUGGAGAGUCUAUAGUAGAUAAGUAAGGGGGAAGAGAUAUAUAUUAUUAAUCGCUUAUAUAUUAUUAAAAACUGCAUUAGCCUCUAUUUUCGGAGGAAAUUCGACAAAAAAGGUCAAUAUAAUUUAGUGUAUACAUUUUUUUUUUUUUUUUAUCAUAAUUGGAAUAUAGUGAAAAUUAUGACUUUCCGCAGUCGAUAUAGAAAUUUGAAUUUAUACAAAAUAAUGUAUAAUUCAUAGGAAAUCGCAUAAAUGAUAACGAUAAAUGUUUUGUGAAAUAUAAAACAAAUGUGGUCGAGUGGGGACAGGAGAAGUUCACUAAUCCUCCUAAUCUCCUCCCUCAAUCCAUUAAUAUGUGUAUCGUCCCGGCAUUAGAGCUGGUGUUAGUAGUAAUAAUAUUUAUGAUAAGGGUCGUGGCCCAUACAAUUUGCGAUUCGUACCGAAUCUUCGAAAUUUUGUUUAGAUGUUUCUGCAUUCAAAUUAAAAAUUUUGGACUCUCGACAAGUGUGUUCUUAGCGAUCCAUAACUCUUAUCAUAAAUAUUAUGCUUAACCCCAGUAAUAUCGAUUUCAAAUCUGUUGAGACAUUUAUCUGUAUUUCGUUAAUGAAUUUUGUUUAAUUUUUUUAAAUUCCGUUUGUCGAAUUUGUAUAUUCGAUUUGAAAUAAUUACUUAUAUAUAUAUAUUAUGCAUAUUUUUUUUUCUCGGUACAACAUAUCGUUAGAAUUUGUGCGGCGAUCGAGAAUCCCUCUUAUAUUAUUUUUCGGUAAUAAUUUUCCCUGUCCUCCGAAUUUCGGACCUUAUCGCACCGGACUAAAUAAGAGAUUUGUUGUUUCGCGUAUUAUCAGUCGGAUGUACGUAUAAAAUAUCGUACCCCCAUAUUAUUUUAUUACAAUAAUCGUACACAUUUUUUGUUCGGCGACGUUUUCGUAUACAAUAUAAUAUUAUAGGUAUUAUGUGUAUCUUACCUUCUUCCGGGCGCAACAGAGCAUCGCGGACGAUCGUUUAUUCGCUAUUGAGGUUACCCGGGCCGUUACCAUUUUCCCAUCGCGGCACGGAAAAGAAGAGCGGCCGUUCUCCUGCAACCGCUGCGGCUGGCACUCCGAGCACCCGGCAGUAGUGACGACGGCGUGUUAUUGAAGCGGCAGCGUGUCGUCGCCGUCCCCUUCGACAUCAUCGUCGUAUAAUAAUAAUAAUAAUAAUAAUAAUAAUAAUAAUAAUAAUAAGCGUACGCCGCACUCGAAUACGCGUGGUGUACACGUACAGUAAGUACACGCGUGUUUGUACGUCACUUUUAUUAUUAUUAUUAUUUUUUUCUAAUAUUAUUUUGAAAUAAUAAUGAUAAUAAUAAUAAUAAUAACAACAAUAUGUAUAUAUGUAUGUACCGGGGUGCACGGUUAGCGAACGGACCGCGAGAGCGCGCGUGAGCUUUCGCCCCCGGACAACGUAUACGUAUAGCAAUAAUAAUAAUAAUAAUAAUCGCGUACACGCAGCGCACGCGCGCAAUUUCUGACGCGGCGUCUGAUAAAAACGGUCGGAACACCCCUGGAAAAAUAAAAAAAAUAAACAAAUAAAUAAAAGAGCGCGCGCCGUGUUUAUAUCACGGCCGCGAUAAUAAUUAUGGUCACCGCGGCAUACUGCGCGCGUACAACCGUACGACGAACACAAUCCGGCGGGCGGUUCGGAAAGCGCUGGCGCGCGCCGCCGCCGCCGCCGCCGCGUACGCCGGUGGACGGGCGGCCGAUCGAUAAACCGUGUGUAGACCGUUUCGCGCCCUCCGCGGGAUUUUCGGUGUCGAGGGGGCGAGGCGGAACGGGGAGAAAAGUAUAAAAAAAACCGCCAGUCAUCGGUUACGAGUAUAAAAUGUACCGCGUAAAACGCGCGGGCACCACCGACCGAGCCCACCGUACGGUAUUAGCGUAGUACACGUUAUGUUGUUGUACACCCGCGUCCACGUGGCCGACGUCGUUGUACGGCGAACCUAACCGCGUUGUCGGCCCGGUAAUGUUUUUUUUUUUUUUUUUUUAACCGUCCCUCCCGUUAGACCCGACGGUCGUCGCGCCCGCGCGCCAAAACCGUCUCGCUUAAUCAUUCAUGUUUUUCACCGCGCGUUUAUUUCGUUUACCUACGGUCGCGCAGUUGUGCGUUACAGUACCUACGUACUUAUGAUAUGCAUAUAAAUAUACUUGGUUAGGUUCAUGUAUUACAAUAAUAUUAUCUCGUUUUACGGUCCGCCGUUAAUAAUGGACGGGUCGAAAAGAAAAAAAAAACAAAACAAAUAUAAAAAAAAAGCGUGGCCGGCGAAUUUUCAUCACACUGGCCAACACAUCUCUCCUACAAUAGGUUCACAUAUGCUUUAUUAUCACCUAUUUACAUACUCUACUGUUUCCUUACGGCGACAGUUUGGCUCCCGCCAGUUUUCCGUAUGGCUUAACGCAUUCCGCCCAUCUUAACCGUGGUCAUGUUCACCUAGAGGCCAUUCGUCGAAGUAUACCUUUUUAAGCAUAUUUUAAAACACAUAAUCGUAGUAAAACCGAUCAUUCUUAACUCUCGUUAAAAUCGGGUUCCGUCAGUUUUAUCGCAUUUUCAUCGGGAAUCGAUUAGUUUUAUACAUAAAACCCGGACAGAUAAAAACACAAACACCGCGGCUAAGUGCUAAUUUUUUUUUUACAAAAAUACAACAAUGUAAAAAAAUGUGAAGGAACGUGCCGUAAUAUCGUUGCCUACAUGAAGCAACACGAAAGAAAAGAUUUUUAUCCCAUUUUCUUACAUUUUUCGGGAGCAUAGAUUGUCAUAAACUAUUUAUUUACGUUGUACAAUCAAAUAAUUCGAUUAUAAAGUGUUCUGUUGAAUUUAUCACAAAUUUGAAUAUUCCAAACAGUUAAUCGAGAAAUUUCAUGUGAAACAAUGCUAAUUAUUGGUAUCAAAUUUUACCGGAUUAUUGAUAAUUGAUCAAUUCACCGGGUACCCUAAGGAAUGUGUGGCAAGAGUGGGGUAAAACUAUAAUAUAUAAGCAUCUAAAUUAUCGAGCCUAGGCGUCUAGGCGCUGGGACCGUUUAAUACUGUACACGGGAAUAGCUGAGUGGGCAGCUAUUCAUUAGCAAGAAAAUGCAUUUUUGUAAACAUUUACGGACAAUAAAGAUUAAUUGCAAUGAUACGAAUGAGGAUGGAAACGAGGAAUCAAAGGAAAAUACGUUUUAAUUUUUUUACAUUUUUUUUAUAUGCUUAGUUCAAUACUGACACGGCAAAGCCGUCCGAGAUAGCUAAAAUAACACAAUAGUGAUUUACACCUCAAGUGAAUCUAAACUUUGAUCCGUAUAAUAACAUAAAACUAUAAUACAAGAAUAUACAAUAUUGUAUAGGUAUUUAGCAGUAAUAUGAUAAGUAGUACAAUAAUAUAGUAGUAAAGUAACAAUAUUUCAGUCGUAUCAAUAAAUAAUUAAUAUAAAACCAUCAGACAAUCAUAAUUAAUAUAAUUUUAGUCAGCAACCGAAUAACGUGAGUGUAAACGUUUUGGCGUAUAUCGUUGUACCAUUGACGUGUGCCAAAGUUGAAUUCUCAUCACAGUUUGACCACCUAAAAAAAUGUAAAAAUCAAUAAAAUAUAUAAAAAUGUUAUAACUAAUAAUUAAAAAAAAGAACUGAUAUUGGCAACGGGUGUGCCACUGUUAUAGGUGGGAAGUUGGAAAGGUAGAAUACACAUGGAUGCUGUAGCGAUUUCUUGACUGUGGGGACAAAAAUGCAUUUUUGGUAUGCCUAGGGACCCGGCAGGGUAAUUUGCCCACUCAGACAACUUAAAACGAAAAUAUCUCGCGAUUUGUAUAUCAGCACAAGUAGGUCACAGGGUAGACAAAUGUAUUUCGCAAUGAAAAUCUACUGUAAUAAUCAUAAUUGUAUGGGGUACCGAUUAAAACAUCUAAAACAGUGUCUAGGACAAUUUUUACUACUGGAAAAAAGAGAAAAAAAAUACUCUUAGGACAUGGGACACCUCUGGAUGGAACAACAGGUAUGCAUCACCAUUAGACUACAAAAACCAAUAUAUAGAAAAUAUAAUAUUGAGUUAUUUAACAAACACACAUGCAUACUGAAUUCAAAGUGUUACAACUAAAAAACUAAGUUCAACCGCUUAAUUGCAUUAUCAUUCUCAACAUAAAUUAGUACAUUCGUUUGAUUAAAACAUGUUGACCAUCCCUAUCCGUUAACCCUUCUUACGUUCAAAACUACUUUUAAAUGACUGGCGGCGAAACGGUUGACCUCGAAUUGGGUUCCAAUGGCAAGAAUUGGGCUCCAGUAUAUUUUAACGUAUACAUGAGUUGGGUCCCGGUAUAUUUAUUUAGGCAUAUUCUAUUUUUUUAUUAUUAACAUCGAAAACGUUAGUCGAGUAUAUUAGAGUUACUCAGAAGACAUCAUGUGCAGAUGGACUAGAAAGUCUCUCAAAAAUUUAGGUUUUGUUAUUUUAUUCUUAUAAAAUUAUAAAAACAUUAGAAUUAUUAUUAUUAUAUUAUCAAAUUAUUUUAAAUAUUAUUUUUUAUUAAUACAGAUUAAAUAUAUUAUUAUUAAUAUUAUUGCCGUGAACCCAAUUCGAAUACUAUCGAAUAACACCGCGGUCCCAACUCGAGUUUAAUUCAAACGAUAAAAUUUCUGGGGACCGAACUCGAAUAUUCCCGGCGAAACGGUCGUGGCGAAAUGUCCGGGUCCGAAGAAGUGUGCGGAUUCGAAAUACCGUUGAUUAUAAAUACUAAAUAGUAUUUUAUAUUAACUGUAUUAUAAUUUGAUAAUAUUUAUAAUCAAUGGUAAAACGUUGGACUAAAUUUAUCCCCUCCGCUACUGUCUAAAAUAAUGAUACCUAUCUGGAUUUUACAGGAAAUUAUUGUCGAUCAUUGAUUACCCGAAUUAUUCGAAGAAACUAUUUGAAAUUAUUUAAUAUCCUUUGGCUUUUUUUUUGUGUUUACAUUGUAGACCUCUGAAUUUUUUUAUUUAAGCCUUGUUCUUUUUUCCAAGGGGACCCAGCUCUCAUGAAACGAAUACUAUGGGGACAGUCAUCUCCCCUGCACCCGUUAUUUCGGCAUCCCUGAGGAUACAUAAAAUUAUUUAAUUUAUAUCUGUAAGCAACGAUAAACCAUUGCUAAUGAAAAACGAUUUGGAGCGAAGUUUCAUUUUAUAUGUUUUGAAUGACCGUAAUAUUUAUAGUUUUCGUCGAAAUUUGAUAUUAGAACUAAAUAAUAAUAAUACAUAAAACUCAAAUUUUUACUAUUGACCAUUGAGUACAACUUAAGAUGAACUUCCUGUUAAAUGUUCUAGCAAUUCUGUUGAGUCUAACAAUUGUAUCCACAGAGUACAUACCAAACAAAAGUUAUGUAGAAAAACUCGCAAAAUUAAAUUGUCUAUAAAUAGCUCAAAAAUGGCUUAAAUAUUUUGAAAAUUUGUUCAUCCACGUCCAAAAAAAGGACGUACAAAUUUUUGUUAUCAAAAUUGCAAGUCUCUACAAAUAUUGUUAACUGAAUUACAACAAAAAAAGAAAAUUAAAAUUAAUAAAAUCAUUAUUUUUAUUUAUUUUCCCGUUUUUUUUUUUCGGUUUUUAUUUAAUAAUUAAUAAAAAAAUUACAGGAAAAAAUCUAAAAAUUGACUUUGUAACUCACCAAUUAUAAUAAAAAUGAAACAAAAAAUAUCUCUAGUUAUUUUUUUAUUGGAGUAAUAUUUCUGUUAAAAAACAUCGUGUGUAAAAGUUUAAAAUAAUGAAAUCGUGCGCCAUAAGUUUGUUCGUUUUUUGUCUUUUUCCGAUUUUUCCAAUUAUUAUAAAACUCCUUUGAAAAUCAAAAAUUGACACCGACUAUAUAAAAUUUCUUUUCUAAAAAAGUAAUUUAAAUGUAUACUUAGUAUAUCAGAACAAGAUUUUUGGUAGAAAAGUUUUUCACAGACACAAAAAAAAAAAAAUAAAAUAAAAUAAAUAUAACGUUAAAUAAGAGAAAUAAGAGAAAUCGUCCAAAUUAACCAUUAUGACAAAUUAUAGGCAGUUCACAAAUGAAAUCAGAAGACUAACAUGACAAGCGAAAAAUAUCUUCCUCGAAAAGAGAAAAAUUACUGAAAGCUAAAAAUAUGAACACAAAUACCAAAAAUUAACUAAUGAAAACGUAUGUGUGAAAUGUAGGUACAUGGACGUAAGAUAUGGAUAAUAUAUAAAAAAGAGAAGGACAGAGUGAAGGCUCUAGAAAUAUGGUAUUUGAGAAAGAUGCAGAGAAUCAGUUGGAUAGAAAGAAGAACAAAUAAUGACAAUCGAACAGUAGCGAGCGUUAAUAAACACUCUAUAAAAAAGGAGAUGGCGGAUAAUAUGACACCUGAAGACACACGCUGAGACAUAGUGAGGGAAUUACGCUGCAUAAUGAUUGUAGAAAUUAUGGACAUAGAGGGGACUCGAUCAAAAGGAAGACUAAGAACGAAGUGCAUCGGUCAAUCAAAAUUAAUUCAAAUUCGCGUGAAUAACGGUGGACUUUUCGGAAUCAACAUUUAUCGUCGUUAUUAUUUUACAUGUUUCCUUCCGUGUCGAAAAUGGACACUUUGUCCACGAGUACGUUGAUAAUGUUCAAGCCGUAUUUUUCGUUUUCCGUCUGAUAAGCCAACGACUGGAAACUCAGUUCGACGGGUAUGCUUUUCGGCACGGAUUUGUCGUACUUGGCCGCCGACAAUCCUUCAGCCAGAAUUCCGCCCGAAAUGUAAUCGGCGUUCCUAAUGAAAACGUUAACAAACGCAAUAUUACGAACAGGAUGGAAAACGACAAUAUUUUAUUCGUAUUAUAUUUAUUAUAAUCUUCUCCCGAGAUUCUAAUAAAUCAAUAUUGUGGUCUGUCGGUUAUUAUUACUCUGUUCGCAGUUUAAAGUUCGCCGUAUUGUUGCCGUCUUCUAAUGACAUUUGCAAGUAUCCCCGGAGUUUAGACGUUCUCGGCGAUAGUAAAACGGACGCUUUGAGUUGUCGCCCUUCAACGAAAUACAUAAUAAUAAUAAUAAUAAUAAUAACAAUAAUAAUAAUAACAACAAUAAUAAUAAUAACAACAUAAUCAACUUACGAGCGAUUCGAUGAACAACAAUGUUAUUAUUAUUAUUAUUAUACAACGACGCAGAGUCACUUACCGCAAAACGGACUCGAAUCUCUAGUCGUCAAGUACAACGGACCGCGAAGUUUCGAUUCGACCGCCGCAAAACCCAUGGUCGCGCAAUUUGAAUCUAUACAGGUACAUAAUGAAUAUGCAUGCGUGUAUACAUGUAUUGUGCGCGCAAUAAAUUAAUAUCAAAUGGUUUAAUGAUAAUGUUUAUGUAAUACAGUAAUUAUUAUUUACGCGAAACGAAGGUUGGUCAGGUUGCUGACACACAUUUUAAUGUUUUACGCGAGGUAAAUUUAUGUAUAGGUAUAAUAUAAUUCCGACAUAAAUUAUUUAUUUUACUUUCGUUAAUAUAAUAAUCGUGUAUUGUAUACAAUUAUAUUAAUAUUUCGGAUAUUUACAAUCACCCUGUAUAUUUUCUAUGGUAUACACGCCGAGUUAAGUAUUCACAACCGUAUAUAUAUACAUUACAUAAUAGGCAAUUCAUUUACGCGGGUACACUCGUUAUCUCGGAAAGUAUUAACUUUUUCCGGAAUUCCUUUUCUAGAACAUUUUAGAAACAAGCUGCUCUACAGUUUUAUAUUUUUGUUAUUUUUUUUCACCAUUAUUUUUGAGGGUUAAACCACUAACUACUUUUGAUUUUAAAACGGCAAUCUAUAUUUAAAAGUCCAUAAAUAGAUGGAAUAUUAGUUAAAAUUAAUUUUAGUGUUGACAUUUUUCACUUCCGUUGAUCCGUUGACGAGAUAUUGCACUUUUGAGUUUGGGUUGGAGGAGAGUAGUGGAGUGUCAUUUGUGUGGCGGUACGACGCGCGACGUGUUAAUAAUACAUCACCACUCUCUUUAACCCAAACUUAAAAGCUGUUAAUGCACCACUAUUCUCCUCCAACCUAAAAUUAAUAGCAGAAUAUUUCGUCAACAGCUUGACAGAAAUAAAAAAUAUCAACACUCAAAUUUAUUUUAACUAAUACUCCAUCUCCAUGUUACAAAAAAAAAAAAAACAUAAAUGUAAAAUUGUAGAGCUGGUUGUUUCUUAAAUGUUCUAGAAAACAAAUUCUGAAAAAAGUUAAUACUUUCCGAGAUAAUAAGUAUACCCACUUAAAUGAAUCACCCGGUAUAUAUGUAAUAUUAAAUAUGUACACUUCCUUCGGGACACGAUAAAUAAAUUAAAAUAUUAAAACUUUAAUAUUCAAGUCUGUCUAUACGUAUUGUCGCACCACUCAAAUUUAUUUUAACUAAUACUCCAUCUCCAUGUUACAAAAAAAAAAAAAAAAAAACUAUGUGACCCAUAAAUUAGUUUAAACACUCGCGGAUGCGCAUAGAAAGAUAUUUUUUUUUAUAUAAUAUACCUAUUAUUUCUACCAGUCUACCAUACAUAAUAUUGUAUUAUAAUUUAUACACAGAUAUGUAUACCUUCGGUUUCAGGGGAAAAGGGCUUAAAUCAAUUUUCUAUUAGUUUUCAACACAAAAAAAUUCAAUUAUUGAAAAUACAUACACCUGUACAUAAUACACUAAUACGCUACAUACACUUUUUUUGUAAAUACAUAUAGGGUAUUUAUGCAGUGCAGAUCAAAAAUUUAAGGGGAGCAAAUAACAUUCGACGAAAUUAUGAUAAAAAGAAAAACGACUUAAGCUCUUUGUUCAUUAUGCAAUUUUUAAAAUCAACGAUAAAAGCUAUUUUUAUUCGUUGAUUGGACAGUUGAUUUAGAACCAUACAUUUUGUGAAAUAUUGAUAAAAACUAACUCGUAGCAAUAAAUGUUUGGCCAAUUAAUUUAUAGAAGCGCUGUAGAGGGACUAAAACCUUCUAUGGCUCAAAAACAUUUUAUAAAUGUCAUCUUAUGACAUAGGUAGGUUUCACUUUUUAUGCUAUUUUUCAUUUUAAAUAUGAAAAAAAACUAUUUUUCUUCACGAGUCACUGGUUAUACUGGUCAGAUUAUACUUAUAUCACCCUCGCUUCACUUCCGUACCCAUAAUCACAGUUUCACAUUCCAUUCCGAGCUAGUACAAUUUUUCAAAGGACCUAUUCGUCAUCGCUGGUCGUACCACGGUUUUUCUCAAAAGUCCUUUAUAUUUAAUUUUUUUAUACUGGAGGGGUUACCUGUGCAAUUUGUGGGAAAGCAUGCGCCCCUUUGGAAUACGGACCAUCCGGCGGGACACGGGAACGCGGUAAAUUGGCAUGCGUCGGGGUCGGAUAGCGCUUUGAGACUUUCCAGGUAGAACUGUAACGCCCGGAGAUGAUUGCAUACCACGCUAGAGUUCGUCGUACCUUCUGUAAUAAUCAUAAUAAUGCCAGACCUUCAAUAACCUGCUGUGCGUGGACGCAGUGACCGCGGUACUGGUCAGGUUAAACCGGAUAGCCGUAUACUAUGUAGCUGUGCACUCACCGAAUCGGCUCACGAUCACCGACCCCCGGAUCUGUUCGCAACCGGGCUGAUCCAGUCCACCGUUCGGGAAGUAAUCCACAUGACCUAUCGGGUCGAACAGCCCGAACCCUUCAGACCACACCCUGGCGCCGUCCGUGUGCACAACGUCGACGAACGUAGCAUCGUCCGCGCUGAGCGACGACAGCGAAGCCGACAACAGUUCCCUGAACAGCGGUGACGCCGGAUCCAGACCUGAUAUUAUGGACACCUCUAUUGCAGAAGACCGAAUAUUAGGUACUUAAAACUGAAGUAUCCGGUUCACCUGUAAUUCUCCCGACGGUUAUAUCGUUCAGUUUCAACGCCUUGCCCGCGAAACCGGCCACAUGGGCGCCUAGGCUAAAUCCGAUUAUGUGAAUCUGACCGGGAUCGCUGUUUAACUCUACCAUGUCCAUGAUCAUUAUCGCUAACUGACGUCCGAUCAGUUGAGUAUUGGCUGCUGCUACCGCGUAAGCAGGUCCGGCCGCUCCUUUUUCCCAAUCGACGAAAACUACGUUUGCGUCUUCCUAUAGCAGCGUAAAAAUAAAUUUACCUUAUUAAUAAUAACAGAGGUGUUGUGGACAUGAUACGACGAGGAAAGAUAAUUCUGUAGAGGCCGUGAGGAUCAUUUUGUUCAUUUGAACACGGAAUAAAUAAAGAUAUGGAAUGCAUAUAGACAGGGUCUUAUUUAAGAUUUUGUCACCUGCCGGCAACAAACAAAUUUGCCAGUUUUUAAAACGAUAACCACAUUAAUAUGCGGAAAAAUUGUAACUAUCAUUUGUCAUUUCGUUUGUACAAUUAUUCAUUUCUAACAAUGUUUUUUGAGGAUUGUUAGUCGAUUUCAAAAUAUACUCUAUUAAAUUAUUUUAUAUAUUUGAAGAAAAAAAAAGUAAACACAAUUAUAAUGUGAAAACAAGAUUGCCGCUCUUUAAAGACUGUCUCCUGAGGGGAAAUUCCAUCCCUCUAAACCAUCCCUGAAAUACAAACCUGCAUAUAAACGUGAUGUGUAAGAUCUUUUCAGGAAAAGAUUUAGGAUCAAGGUUUCUGUCCUCAAAUAUAGUUUAGAAAAGAAGCGAAAUAAAAGAUGUACGUAGGGCGCCACAAUGUCCCGGAAAUGUACGUAUGAUAGUCCACUAUUAUUUAGUAUGUACCCGGUCGGUGAUUGCAGGGUGUGUUCGGUUUUAUUAUUAUACGCACUAAAAUAUUUUCCUCCCCGUUCGGCCAGAUUUACGAUUUCGUUUUACACAGAGAAAUAUCCGUUUAAUGAUUUAUACUAUUGUUGUCAAAAAUAGUUCAGCCUACAAAGAUAUUAAAGGCUUCGGAGUGAGCGUAAGUAAUUCCGACAAAAAUAACCUUUUCAAGGUUUUUUAUUUGUUAUUAUUAUUUUUAAUCCAGUUAAUUCUUACAAAGACAACAGGUAAUGGGAAAUUACAAGGAACAUUUGAAGUAAUAUUUAUCCAAAUUAAUAUAACGUGAUUAUAAUUUACGAUUAUUUAAAGUUUUUUUUUUUUAACACCGUACAUCUCAAAAAUACUCGUGAGCAAUAGAAUUUUUUCACUAGAUUGGAAUUUCCCUCCCCCCUCCGACUGCUUUGUAUUAUAGACAUACCUGUUUUUUGAAUAAAUCAAUACAUAACCAAAUACUGGAAUAAUAUAAUUCUAAAUAACGCACUAUGACUAUAAUACUACUCUCCCCCCAAAAAAGGUAAAAUUUGAGCAUAGAAAUAACAGUUGUGGGCAUUGAAAGUUGAAAUCUCCAAAAGACAUUUGGUACUAACGCCAUGCAUAUACAAAUUUCAUAUCUCUGACUUCAUUUUGGGUUGUCUUGAUAGAGUUCAAACCUAAAAAAGUAUACCUUUCUUCCAUAACAACAUGUUGAUGGCACAGUUAUAAGUCUAAUUCAUAUAGGUAGAAUAAUAUUUUAAUACACUCGAUUGACAUGGUUCGGGAUUUAUAGCGUUCACUUAUUUUUUUGGCACGCCAUUAAAUCUGGUAGAAUGGUAUAGGAUUUAUUUUAUGUUACAACGAGUUAUAAUACGGAAAUUAAAUGUGACUUUUUUUAUUUAUUUCGAUAGUAAAAACACAAAAUAUUUUUUUUGAUUUUUUUAGUUAACGGCGGUUUUUAAAGACUUUUCUGUACUUAUUUAUGAGUCGCAUAAAAUUGAAUUUCCCUAACACGCCAUACCUGAAAAUAGUUAUGACACUGAUAUGUAAACCUAAACACAAUAGCGUAAAUAUACAAAUCGACACCAAUACGAAAAAAAAGAUUGUUUUUUUUCUUCGGUUUAAAUAUAAAAUAAUAAAACUAGUUAUAAUAUGUCCACAGUGUAUUUUAUUAGUCUGUAUUUAUUGUGUUGAAUAAGUAAAUAUGUAUAGAUAUAUAAUUUAUUACAAUUAAUAAAUGUAAAUAAUAUAUUUUGUAAUUCAAAUUUAUUAAUUUAACCGUUAUAUAUUUAUAGCAUUUAAAAUUUUACUUUGUGAGAUUUUAAAUUAGCAAAGUUGCCAUUGAUCUGGGAAACGUACAUGAGUUUUGUUUGUUCGGAUUCAAUAACCUCAUGGAAUACUUUUAAUAAUUUUUAAUUUUGAAAAUAACACCGCUCAGCCAUAGUUUUAAAGUUUUGGUAUUGUUAAAUAAAUAAUAACCGUACUUCUAGAACACUAAUGUUCAUAAAAAAUGUGAUAAUUAAUGAUUCGGCCAUUAUUAUCUUGCAUAGUUUUAAUUUUUUUUUUUUUAAAUUUCGCAUCUGAAUGUUUUUACAUAAAGUAAUAAUUUAUUGAAUCAGAAAUGAUUUAGAGAAAUCAUUUGAAUAUUAUUGUUGUAGUAUUAUUGUUUUGUCAGUAUAUGUUUUGGAAAAGCACAAAGGCCCCCUAAUUUAGGGCCCAAAUACUGCCGCAUUCCCUGCAUUCCCUUAUUUACUACACUGCCCAAACAUAAUAAUUUGAAUAUCACGGCUCCAGUACCGGUAAACCUGUGUAUUAUUUAUUUUAUAAUAAUAUAAUAUUAUACUGGGUGUCCCGCGAGAAUUUAUGCCGUUUUAAUGUCGUUUUUGGCGGUGGCGGUCACUUUAAAAUGCUCGAUAAUAAUCUCGGCGGGACACCCGCUAGCACAUGAAACGCGUACAGCAUUAUUAUAUUAUUCAUCGUAGAAUAACGUAUAUUCGUAUAUAUUCUGUUAUGUUUUACCCGCAUAAUAUUAUUAUUAUAUUUAUACGAGCCGCGUGAACAGUUUUAUAAACAACUAUAGCUGAACUAUCCGCUAUUUCCCAGACUCGAUCCGUUAAAAAUCAGAAAUCAAUAAAAGAAAUUCAAUUUAACGCCUGCCUUGUCCGUUUUUAUCCUUAUUUAUACCACAGUUAAUCGUAGUUUUUGCCCGGUACUUUAGUUAAAAAAAUAUAUAUUUCACUGUGUCAUCGUGGUAAACAAAAAAUCAAUUGAAAAAUUCGAAUUUUUUUCAUAUUGAACCAUCAAAAAUCAAAUGUGAGGCACCUUUUUCGGAAUUAAAUUUUGAGAUGAAAAGACUUUCCUCUUGUUUUAAGUACAAACAACUUGUCAGGUUUUAUCUGGGUAGGAAUAAAACUGUAGAUUUGUAGAGUGAACAAAUAGACAAAAUUUCAGUUUAGUAUAUAAAAUAUAUAGGUCUUUAACUAUGUUUUAUUAUUUGAGAUUCUGAGCGAGGUGAGUAAUGUAUUGGUUUUACUAUGAUGUGUUUUUAGGUGUCUAUAAACAACUUUUAUAUCAAAAAUCUUAUUCCAAUCAAAAACUCUAUUGAAACUUUACUAUAGCAUUUUUGAUCAAGUUGGUGCAUUGAGAAGGUUAUGUUUUGAUUUUCUUUGUAUCUAUUAAUAGAUGAAAAAAACUGGUAAUUUGUUUAUAAUUUUUAUGGAUUUAUGGAUUACCUUGGCCACAAGGUAAAAAAUACGACUAACAAUAUUCUGCUCAUAAUUAUUUUUCGUUAUUUUCUUUCCAACAACUUUCCUACAAAAACAGUGACACCUAUCAGAAGUAUCAAUCUUUACUUAUUAAAUUUACCAGGUCCAGGAGAGCGUCGCCCAAAAGUUUCGCUCCUUUGUCACGUCCACUUCCCUUGUACCCAUGGAUUAUGAUUUUGGUCGGCAGUCCGGGUUUUAAGUUUGAGUUCAACAUUGACACGCGUUCGUCGCCGUACGUUAUCGAAAUCAGAUCGCUGCGGUUUUCUCUGGUCAUCACCAAGAAUUUCGUGUCCACCGUGUCCGGUGACUGGGGUGAUUUGAUGAUAGGCGAAUAACCGGUGCGGGGCACGGGAAAACAUCCGACCAUGUCUUGAAAAAGACCGAAAACAGGCAAAACAGGCACAAAAAAAAAAAAACAAAAUAAAUAAAUAAAACCGCCAAUUCGAACGGGUCAUAUUGCAGUGUUAAUUCAUAAAUAUGCAUAACACGUCCGAUCGUUUUUACACGAGAUGAAUAAUAAUAUAGGCAAUAUUCGUGAACACCGCAUGCAUUCGGUGAUCUUAUAUUGUAAGCUAGCAAAAUUAUACUGUUAUCUCUUCUUUUUGUCAUGUAGUCAUUUCAAAAGCACACGGCACUCGUACCAUAUACCUAUUAUAAUAGUCGUGUACCCGUGUGUCGCGGAAUAAGUUUCUUCUCAGUUUGUUUGUUUGUUUGUUUGUUUUGUGAAAACGCUUUUUUUUUUGUUUCGUUUGUUUCGAAAAAAACGAAAAAUAUAAUAACAAUAAUGAUUACCGGUUCCUGGGUUAUAAUGUCUGACGUAAGUGUAUUAUUGUUGAUCGGUUUAUAAUAAUAAUCUCUGUGUGUGAGUAAAGGCUCGGGACUUAAAGCAUUGGCUUAUUUUCUAUUGACUUGUCAUUAAAUCUAUUAACAGCGAGUGCUUUAGGAGUUUAUGUAAUUUAUACUUGUUCUGCUUUUUUUUUUUUUUUUCAUAAUUUCUGCUUUAUGAUUACAACAUAUUUACAUACCUCCUAAACGGUGGCCAUUAAUGAGAAUCCAGAUUGUUUUUCGUACUGUGAUUUUUAAAUGAUUUCGUCAAUUUAUAAUUAGAAAAAUUUUAGAGCAAUAAUUGUACCUAGAUCACGUAGUAAAUUGACUACAUGAAAACGACGCAGACAGUAAUAAAAAAGUUAAAUUGUGAACACAGUAAAAUCUGGUUAAUCAAUCUAACUAUUCAAACGGAAUACAGUUGUUCUAGAAAGAAUUAAUUUGUAUUUAUGAUUUUUGUGUUAUUAGAUUAUUUUAUUUUAUUAAUUUUAAGGCGUGCUAUUUUUGAGAUUGCUUUUAAAAAUAUUUGUUUAAGUGCUUAUUUUAGCGCUUUAGGUCCCGAACCCUGGUUUUUCUGUAAAUAUAACUAGUAGACUUACAUGGCAAGUUCAUUGUUAUGUGUAUAGGAAAGGCGCGGUUUAGUUUUUUAAUUAAAGUCCUCUUACCGUAACAAAUUUGUUUAGACGCCGCUCUUGACUUUUUUCGCUCUUGCCUUCUGGACAAAUGAUCCCUGACCAGCUGCAUCGCUCGCUUGCCCAAUAUAUUGGACGGCCAAAAUUCAUAAUUGGAAACUAUAAUGAUAUUAUAUUUUAUUCGGCACAAUACGUAUUAUUAUAACAUCAUGUUCAAGAGCUGAUAAACAUUCCGACGAGAUCACACUAUAUAAUUAUCGUUUUAAAUCGCAUGCUGUCGCCUUUCAUGCCCCGAUAAACAAUAUGUGUACCUCUAUUUAGGUACCGAUUAUAAUAUUGUGUGUAAUUAUGUUUUCUAUCGCUUACCUUCGGAUGCCGUUUUGGUCAGGCCCACGUGCGCCAAGACUAAACAGGCCGUUACGCAGGACAAUUUGAAAAUUGCCGCGCCGAAAUUGUUUGCACGCAUGUUAAUCUUAUAUAAUCAAACAGCGAUUGAUCGCUGGGUCUCUUCAAUCGGAUAUAAAUGAUAUAUAAAUACGAGUGGAGGCGAUUUUCGCGACGCGUUCCCGAACACACUGCAGCACUGGUCUCACAUGACUGAGAAAAAAAAAAAAUAAAAAAAAAAAAGGAAAAAAAUAAAAUAAAAUAAACACUAAUAAAAUACCGCUAUUACAACUAUAUAGGUAGGUACGGAUAGGUACGUUGAGGAGAGUUCGCUGCCUAUGUAUUGAUAUUAUAUAACUCCGCCGCCGUCGUAAUGUUGACCAUUAUAUAUAUGUGUAUAUUAUAUUAUUAUAUUAUUAUUGUUCCUCGUUUUAUUAUGCUGCACGCAGGUAUACUGAUGUAUGAUGUGUGUGCGUGGUAUGGCAUGGUGGGUACGUGUUGUUUUUUUACUUUCACUCGCCGUCGAAGGUAAAAAUUCCACUAGGAAAGUUAGGCGGGCGGGUGGGCAUAUGAUGUUGUUGUACGUUAUACAGGUAGUUUCACGGAAAACGAACACGUUGACCGGGUUGUGGCGUGUAGAGGCACACGGUUGUUGAACGUUAUUAUACGCGCCCGGCGCAUCGGCUGGCACGGCGUAAGUACACUGUAAACGGCGUUAAACAGAUUUUGCGACAGAGGUUUUUACGCAGAGUAAGAAAAAAAAAAAAGCUACUCUAACGUGUAGGUACAUGCAUAUCGUAACGAUAUUUGAAAACGUUAACUAGAAAAAAUAAUACGAUUUACCUAAUUGAUAUGUAAGUAUCGCAAGUGUACAGGCGCAUACACGUACGUUGAACAUUACGACGCCGACCGCACCGAAAUAAGCACACUGACAUGUGUACCGUUACAAAAUGCAGAGUGGAUGGUCGACGUGACGAUAAAAGCUACAACAAUGCAGAUAGUAUAAUUUAAAAAAACGCACACAAUUGUUAUUGUUGUAAUAUUUAGGUGGGCACGUCGGUACGUGUAAUUUUCCGGUUUGAAUAAUAAUUGACAAUAAUACGCAGCAAUCGUAAUUCGUUGGGUGAUUUACAGUUCGGGUUCGAGCGAGGAAAUGAAUGUACGGAUUUCAAACGCGACAAUUAUAAGUACCUGGGUACAGUGUGUGUUGUAGCGACUGCGGGUCGGCAAUUUUCGGUAACGUGGAGGGAGUCGGGGGACCUUCUUUUUUUCUCUCUUUUAUUACCAAGCAUAAACAUAAUAACGAUAUUCUGUAGCAGUAGCAUAUUAUAUAGAUAUUAGAAAACGAAUGCAAAUAAAAUAAUAAUAUUAUUAUCAGUAUAUUAUACUAUAAUAUCUUAAUAUUCUGGCACGUACAACUAUACUAUGUGUACAGAAGUUAGACCGAUAUACUUGACAAAGGCAUUGACAUAAUUAUUACUCCUUACAAAUACUAAUAGAACGUUUAUGGGCACUUUCAACAAUUUACUGUAUAUUUUCUGAAAACCUAUAUAGAUAACGAAAAAAUACACAAGAAUAAUUUGCAAAAAAUAGGACUGUUAAACAGAUUAUCGUCGAAAACAAAAUAAUAUUGCCGACGGGUGGACACGGCGUAGGUAUAUUAUAAUAACUGCGUAAUUACAAUAGUAUUUUUUCAUAUAGAAUGUGUAGUAAUAAAUGUUUUAUUUGAUUUACUAAUAUUCUCUCAUGAUGAUUUUGAAAUGUACGAGUACAUGUACCUUAUACCUAUUUAAUUUUUUUUUUUUUAGUAUUAUUGUGCUAUAUAGGUUACUCGCACUUACACUGAUGGGCUUAUAUACUAGAGUAAUGCGAUUAACAGCUAUAUUAUUGCUAAUUUAAAAUAUAAGUACUUAUAUCUACCUUGAAUUCGUACCUAUUUCAUAGACAAAUUCGCCAUUUUUUUGAUUGUGUACAGUGUUGUAUAAAAAUGCAUUUUAAAUUAUCUAGAUUAAAGAUAAAUAAUCCACAUCUUCAUAAUUAUUAGUGAGAUUAAAACAAAAAAAAAAUUGUAAUUACCUACCUACUAAAAGUGUGCUUACCUGAUAUAUUAUGGUAUACAUCUAGAUUUCAGAAAAGCUGUUUGUAACUUAAUAAUAAAUUUAUAAACCAUAAUACGUAUGAAUAUAAAUUAAAUAUUUUAUCUACAUUAUUUCUAACUUGAAACGAUUUAUAUAUACAUUUACACUAACGACCUAAUUGUUUUCUUGGAUAGUUGAUACACCAUUUAUUUGGAUAAAAGUUAAAACGUAUAUACCAAAUUAGAUUAUAAAACACAAAACUGCUCGAAACAUAAAAUAUAAAGCUUAAUAGUAAAACAGAAAAAAAAAGAGGUGAAAGGUACUACUGAUGGGUGUGCCACUUUUGUGGAAGGAAAGUUGGGAAAAUAGGAUAUAUGAAUUAAUUAAAUUUAUAGCAUUGCUAACAAAAUACGAAUUUGAACAAAGUUCAGUUAUUAAACAUGUUUUGAAACGGUGUAUUUUUUACGUAGAUUUGUCAGUUUUCAUUUUACGUAUUUUUCGAGAUUUUCCUGAUUAUUAUGAAAACUGCUUGGAAAAUUAAAAAAAUAACUCACUCAAUCAUUAAAUAGAUCUCAAAUACAACAAAAAAAGGUCACUUGUGAUUUUUUAAUUGAAGGAAAAUUUCUAGUAGAAAAGUUACUCACAAACACACGAAAAAAAAAACAUUAUAUAGUAAAUCCAAUAGAUUUCUCACUACGCUCAGAAUCUAAAACCAAGGGAAGGUGACAACAUUAUUGGACCAUCCUAAGCUCAAUUUCCCAAUUUCUAUCACAUAUUAUUAUUAUUGUUUUUGUUUUAUUAGUAAAAAUUCGAUUUUUGUACAUUUAAAUAUAAUUGAUUUAUUAUUAGUAUACCUAUACGCAAUUCUACGACGAAUAAGGUCGACAUUUAAAAGUGUUAAUUUCACUAAUUUAUUUACGUAUAUUAUUGUAAACGUCCCAUAACUAAUAGUUACAAAUUAAUUGUAUAUUGUCUAUGUGAAAUAUUUUAGUAGGUAUCUAAUAUUCGUUGUAUCGACUGCACAGAUACUAAUUAUGUGUCAAUUUAUAUGUCACCGCAGCUCGCAGUGCUAAUACGCCGUAAUUAAAUAUUUAAAUAUUUACGCGAGCCGAUACAAUACGGUCUUAAAUGGAUACUUAUUUAGAUAAUAUAUAGCCGACCUCAAAAUUAAUAUUGUUUCUGGCGCGGUUAUUUUUCCUAAUAAAAUAUAUAGACACGCCAUCUACAUCAGGAGAUUUGUUCGUAACUAUACCCAGGCCCGUAUUGAUUACUCUUAUGGGACGGUUGCAGUUACCACUUCAAAGGGUGCCUAAACCAGUUGCGUAAUAACGGUGCAGUAUUGGGGGUAUCUAAUAUACACCUACCUCUCUCAGAGGUACACAACUUCUAUAAUUUGUCUCGUGACCUAAACAUAAAAAUUCGAAGAAGGAAAAUUAACAGUACAAUAUUAAUAUCAAUCAACAACAAGUGCUUUUUUUUUCCUUUUUGAAGGAUUUUAAGGUAAGAUUUUAUCCAUUUUUAUAAUAGAAAAAUGCUUUCAAAAUUUUAAAAGUUGAAACUUCUCACAGGAAGAAUAUACACUAUUAGCAAAGCCAGAUUGAAAAAUAUUGAGGCUCUGUACAGUCAAUUUUGCGGACCUUCGAUUUUCUGAUUUGACCUUUCCUUCAACAUUUUUACUUUUUGAAUUCUAGGUGAAUCUUUAUAAUUUGUCUUUGUCAAUCAAACCUAAUGAAAAAUCCGUAUCUUUUAAGGCACAAUUCGAAAAAUUCGGAGCCUUCUUGUUAAUCGAUAACGUUUUAUUUGGAUAAAAAAAAAAAACCUAAGGAUGAACUGUUUCGUAAAAAUUUUAUAAAAUGUUCUAAAUAAAGCAGGAUAUUAUUUCACCUGGAUAUUAUCUUUCGUGUAUGAGCAUAAAAAUAAAAAAUAGUUUUGCUCGUUCUCGAAAUCACGCGUCGGCGGUGGUCGUUUGGUAUUGUUUUGAAAUCCUAAAUAUAGUAAUAAUUAUAGUCACAGUAAAAAUUUGUCAUAAAAUAAUAUAUGACAACUUAUUGUUAAGUAAUAUGUCUAGAUUUUCAGUAUGGUUAUACCUAUGAAAUAACAAAAUGCAUACUCGCGAGAUAAAAUAUAGUAUAUAUUCCAAAAUUGUGCAAACAGUUAUAGAUGUACGUAUUAUUUCAAAAGAAAAUACAAUUGAAUAGAACCAUAUACAAACGGGAUGAGGGGAAGGGAGAUUAACUUUUUUGUUUUACAUAAUAUACACAAUUUUGUAGGUAAAUUUAAAAAAAAAAGUCCCCAUAAGGAAAUUUGUACCACUGAUACAACCUCCCACUAUACAAAAGUUAUAUGUACACCACUACACUAAAAUAUAAAAUAAUGUAAUGUUAUAAAACACGUUUAAUGUGUAUUUAAUUCGAAUAUUGAACAAUCAAAUAUUUUCAAUAAUUAAAUAAAAUUAUGUAUAGGUAUAUAUAGCCAUAUAGGGAUUGUUCUUAUUAUCGUAUAACAUAAUACUCGCAUGAAAAUCCGGUCGUGAAAAAAGUGCAGUAAAGAAUAAUAUUAAGUAUACUUAUCACCCUCGGAUGCUUUUUCAGACCCUCACGAUGUCGUCGUGUAUUUUUAUAUUAUAAUAAUAUAUUAUUAUAGUGAUGUCCUCGACUUUGUAAACAUUCGUUUAUUUUUAAAUAUACAAGCGGGAUACGCGUGUUGAGUGACGAACUUUCGACCGUUUUCAUCGUUGAGCGUUAGGUAGGUACUGUAAUUUAAUACCCCUACUACACUCUAAAUUUUUACCCUAAUUCCCCUGUAUGGAGUAGAAAUAUAGAAUAGACAAACAAAAAAAAAGCAAUGAUUUUUUAAGUAUAUGAAUGGAAUUUGAGUUGUAUACAUAACAAGCAAACAAAAAAAAAAACUUGGAGUCGGUACUUCUGAAACGCUGUUAUAUAACACAAUACUCCAGAGUAUUUCUGAAACGAACGAGAAAACUAAAAGUAAUAAAUGCCUACUCAGCGAUGGGUGACAGAACGAUGAUAUUUUUGGAUUUUUUUUUCGAAUUCCAAAAAUUCCAAUACGAAUCGACACUAUGUGACAUUAUUGUUUUUACACUUUAUCACUCAUUGCAUAGUCUGUAUGAAAAAGAAAUAUGGUGUUAUGUUUACGAGUGUAAGGAUGAUCGAUUCGCAUGUGAAUUUCGGAAGAAAUAUUAUUAGAGUUUUUGUUUUACAUUCGAUAUAUAAUGCUAUAUAUAUAUAUAAAAAAAAACCGAUAAAACCCGGGAUUUGGAGUAAGAAAACAAAUUUCAAAAAUGUCAUCGUUCGGACACCUCACACUGAGUACUAGAAUUUUCUAUUCCUAAUUUCGUUUCAAAAACACCAUGCAUAUAAUACACAUACCACAAUAUAGAGACAAUCCUGUGUGCGUAUAUGGUCUUGAUUUGAGAAUCGCCUAAAGUCUCAUAAAGCUUUUAUUUAUAAUAUACGUAGUCUAGUUUAAAGUUAAUUAAUUUAUAUCGAUCCCGUCGCACGACGAGAACGAGUAUACAAAAGGCUUUAAAGUCGAGUUCGAGGAUACUAGCGGGUGGCGGCGGGUGGUCAUCGCAACAGAGGGCACCCACCUAAUAAAACAUCAAUACGACAUUCGUCUAGUCUAAAUAUUAUUACAAUAAUUAGAUUGUCGUGCGUGCGAGAAACCAUAUGUCAAGGAUAAACGAUCGUUUUACAAUGUUGAUCGCGAAGGACGUUAACCCAGUAUAGCUACGAGUAUUAAACACUUAAAAAUGAUAUACUAUUAAACAUACGAUAGACAUCAUUAGAAUAAGAACUGCCCUACAUUGAAAAUUUCACAAACAGAUGAAGCAUUAGUUUAAAUACAUUUUUAUGUUGACAUUUUAAAUUUUCAUUAAUAUGUUGACGAGAUAUUUCACUUUUAAGUACGAGAGUGGGAAGCUUAGUAUUACCUAUCAUUUUACGAAUUAAUUCCGUUACGUCCGAAUUGGUUCUCGGAUUGUAACGAAGGAUAUAUUGGUUACUAGAUUAUUUUAAAUUCAAUUUCCUUUCCAUUUUAUACUGAAGUAGGAUUAUCAACAUUAUGCAUACCACCCAUUGUCCAUUGAUUAUCAUAUAAUAUACAAUCCAUAAAUAAAAUAAUACGACGUAUUAUAAUCAAUGAUAUUAUGUAAAUACAAUACUACUAAAUACGUACACUACACGGUUAUCGGCGGAUUACUGAACGCAGUAACGAAUAAUGUUUACAGAUAUUCGUUUGUAACGACUGAUUUUAUCCCGAUUUCUCAUUUAAAUGACAAUUUAUUACAUUAUAUACAUCCUACAACCUUACAUAAUAGUGAGAAAUUUGCUAAAUUAAUAUUAAAUAACAUUAUUAUUUAUUAGAUUUCAUUUCGUCUUUAAGGGGAAACUAUUCCGAUGUUAAUUUUUAGGUAUAGGAAUUAAUUCGGAUGCAGAUGUUUAAAAUUUUCAAAAUUUUCUUCUUCCUUAACACAAACUUAAAAGAGGAAUAUCUCGUCAAUGGGUUGUCGGAAAUUAAAAAUGCCCAUACCAAAAUGUAUUUAAACGACAUCUAUUUAUGGAAUUUUGAAUAUAAUUUGCUAUUUUAAAAUCAAAAGUGGAAAGUGGUUUUACCCUCAAAAAUAAGAGUAACAAAAAAUAACGGAAAUAUAAUAUUUUAGAACUGCUUAUUUCUUAAGAAAUUUAAAAAGAAAAAAAUUCUGAUAAAGUUUAUUCUUUCCCAGUAUCUUAACGAGGAUUGAUCACUCUGUAUAUAUUAGAUUUGUCGGAUACUUUUCAAGAGAAAUGUGUUUCGAGUACCUAUAUAAACGCAAAACGCGGAGAUAAUACAUUAGUUGUGUUUAUGUAUACUUAGAGAUGGAAUUUGUCGAUGAAUUUUCGAUCCUUCAUCUUUAUUUAAUCCUAUAUACGUAUACAACAAUAUCUUGGCUAAAAACUCGUUUCAUUGUGCUUUAUAUAUUAUAUACAUAAAUAAAUAAAUUAGUUGUGAGACACCAUUUUUAGAUUCCGAACGAAGGAAUGAAGAUUUUGUUUAGUGAGAUGUGUUUUUAUUUUACUGUCUGUUUUUGGUUGCAUAUUUUGACUAUAGUAUAUAGUUGAUGUUUUGGGAUUAUUAUUUUUUAUUUUGUAAACAAUUUUUCCACCAGAAAUUUUGCUCUGAUGUAUUAGGUGUAGUAUCUUUUCCGAAAGGAAAUUGUAUCUACUUGGGACUUAUAAUUUUUUGAUUUUCAAAUAGCUUACAUAAUAAUUAGGAAAAGCCAGGAAAAAACGUAAAACUGACAAACAUACGGCUUUAUGAUUUCAUUAUUAUAAAAUUGUUUCGCUUUAUAUUUUCUACCAGAAAUAUUACUCCGAUAAAAAAAAACGACAAGAGAUCAUUGUUGUUGAAUUUUUAAUCUAGUUGGUGAUUGAGCAAGUUGUUUUUAGAUUUUCCGUGUAAUUUUUUUAAUAGUUCAUAAUUUACAUUUAAAUGACCAUUUCAUUUUAGGACUUUUCCACUAAUCUACUGCCCGAUACCCAUUUAAGGGGAAGAGGUAGUGGGUACGGCCGUUUUUACCAACGAAUAUGAAGUUUCGGACCAAAAAACCAAGCGAAAAUGUAAGGGUUAGGUAUGACGGAUUUUGAUUGAUUAACAAGUUUAUUAUAGGUCAUGAUGGACGUGAUUUUAAAUACCUAUCUAUAUUUUUUUUAUGAAUUAUGAUAUCGAUGAACAUAAAUAUGAUAUUAUUAAAUUUAUAACAUAUUUACGUUUUCAACUAGUAUUACUUAACUGCUACUUUGCGUAUAAAUAUUAAAUCGUGUUAUAUUAUGCAACAAUAAUAAUAUUUAAUAAUAUUUAGAUAUAACAUACUUGAUAAACAAUGGUUAUAAUUUAUUAGUCUGUUAAUGUUUACAUAUAUGCGCGUAUUGUGUUAUGUAGAUAUGUGUCUUUAUUAGUACACAAGCGUUCGAAUGUACAUUAUACAAAGAUUAAUUUUUUUAAUUUUAUCAUCGUGAGGUUAAGAAAUUACGAAUCCGAAAUUUAUGAAACAAACGGUUCUAAAAUGUUACUUUAUCGUUAUUUUUUGUCGUCCUUAUUUUUGGAGAUGAUACCAUUAUCCACUUUUGAUAUUCAAAUAGCAGUAACCUUUUUAGGAUAAGUUGCAUACAUAUACGAAGUUUUAGUUUAAAAACAUUUUAGUAUUGAAGUUUUAAAUUUCCGUCAACCCAUUGGCGAGAUAUUUCAUUGUACUCAUCGCUUCACUCUUUAUAAGUCUCUCAACUAUAAUUUAAUACUUUUUUACAAUUUAAAUCAAACAAACUAUAUUCGCUUUUUUCGCUUUUGUUAAUAUAUUACUUAUCAAAAUAAAAAAUAAUCUUAACUUACAUCAACAUAUUAUAACCUUUAAUAAACUUUAUGUUGAAAAAGAAAUAUGUUAACAUUUAUAUGGAGAAUAUUUAAGUUUCCCAAUAAAAUUAUCAAGCUUCGCAGUUUUAAAAAUGUUAUUUUAUAACAUUUAAUUUUAACACGUUUUGAGCAAUUGAAAUUAAAAAAGAGCUGAUACUGGGAAUGGGAGCGGCCACUGUUGUAGAUGAGAAUUUGGGAAUGUAGGAUACAUUGGUAGGUUAUAGCAAUGGCAUAUUUGUAAGCAACGGCAGACAAUUGCUUGACGAAAGACGAUUACGAGCGCAAUUCAAUAAUACAUAAUUUGAAGUGCCGAAAUUUUCUUUGCGAUUUUCGUUUAAAUUUGAUUUCGAAACGCUUAUUAAAAAAAAAAAAGAUGUCCGAUGUUUUUAGAAAUUUGAUUGUAUCUAGGUAAGUCCAAUAUAAGUAUUAUUACCAAGUUUCAAGUUUUUAUGUGUAUUUAUAACCAAAAUAAAGUAAAAAAAACUCUCAAAAAUUAAAAUUCCUUAAAAGCUCAAAAGUGGUUAAAAAGUUUUGGAAAUUAUACCGUAAAAAAUUAAAUCAAAAGGUCAAUAAAAAAGGUAUUUAAUGAUUUUUCAACUAAAUCAUUUUUUUUGGUAGAAAACGUCGUUCAUGUUUUUAUAAAAUAAUGAAAUCGUGAAAUUAUACGUUUUCCUACGUUUUUUUCCUACUUAAAUGAUUUUAUUUAAAAAAUGACGUCGAAAAAUCAAAAAAUGACCACUUUAAAGUACAAUCUAAACAACUUGAGCUUUCAGAAAAGAUGCUACACAGAUGUGUAAACAUCGGAGCAAGUUUACUAGGAACAAACGUGUCCACAAACUAGAAAAAAGAAGAAAAGAAAUAAACAACUUAGUAAAACCAAUAGCUCCCUCGCUACGCUUGGAAUCUAAAUGUUUAAAAUAUGUUUUAGAUUUUGAGUGGAGCAAGGAAUGUAUUGGUCUUACAACGGUGUUUAUUAUUAUUAUUUUUUGUAUAUAUGAACAAUUUUUUACAAGAAAUUUUGCUCCGAUUUUUAAGUGUAUCAUUUUUUUCUGAAAUGUAUAGCUCAUUUUUAGAUUUUUCCAGCGGUUUUCAUAAUAAAUCGGAUAAUUGGAUUAAAUCGUGUUCUAUAUUCUUUUUAUCGUAGAUUACUGAUAGAUCAUUUUCUACUCAUAAUUUAUUUGUAUGCUGUAUCACAGCCCGUAAUGGUUCUAGGGCUGGUCCAUGUUGACCUGGUAGCUGGCCCAAAGCUACUUUAUAAUCACCUAGGGUUGGGAAAAUGCACACUCCUGUCCCUCCUCAAAUGACUCUCCUGACAUAGUUUAUUGUUUGAAAAUUAAAAGUGUACAUUGGUUUCAUCACCCUUGAAAAUAAGGCUAACAAAGAAUAAUGAAAAAACAAAAACAUCUUAGAGUGUUUUUUUUUUUUUUUUUUUUUUUUAAACGUCGAAAAACAAAACAAAAAUUCCGAAAAGUUAAUAAUUUCGGAUAAGAUAGGUAAUGAAUGUUUUAUAGAGUAUAAAGGAUUGAUCACACUACAUAAUAUGCUCUACCAGAGCUAUUAUAAUAAUAAUAUUAUACAGCGAAUAGUACGAUACGAUUUAUAAUAAUAAUAGAUACCUAGUCUAAUUUAAUACUGUGGCGCGUAUCGUAAUAAUAUGCUUCGAUAUUUCCAGCAAAGGAAGAACAUCGUCUACUCGUACAAUAUCCCUUUUAUAAUACUAAUAAUACAGUUUUGAUUAAAUUAACGAGUGUUUCAAAAUCGCAAAGCACACCGAGUAAAGUAACAGUAUAAUAUUAUUAAAAAUAGGACCGAAAAACUUUAUACUUCCCGUAUUGUAAAUAUAAUAAUUUAUUAUAUUAUACGUAUACCUAGCAAUACCCAUACAUAUUUAAUUCUAUAUUUUGCGGUCCAUAUAUUACAAAAUAAAGUACCGCUAUACCUUUUUAUAUUCAAAGCGUAGCGACUAGCGAGGAAUGUAUUGGUUUUGAAAUGAUAUUUAUUUUUUUUUCUGUGAGCAUUUUUUUGCCUGAAAUCUUGCACUGAUGUAACAAGUAUAUCACUUUUUCUAAAAGGAAAUUUCAUUUAGUUGGUACUUUAAAGAGGUCGUUUUUUAAUUUUUCAAGCGGUUUUGAUAAUAAUUGGUAAUAAACUUAGGAAAAAUGGAAAAUUUAGUUACGCACAUAAAAGAAAUUUCGCUCUGAAUCGUGUUUCGUUAGCAAUGGUUUAUCAUUGCAUAUAGAUAUAAAUUAAAUUUCUCUCUAUAUCCUACCUUCUUGACUUCUUACCUACAACAGUGGCUCACCCAUCGUACGAAGUAUGUCUGUCUUUUUACACUUGUAGCUGUAUUUAUAGAUGGGUAAUAUUUCUGGAAGAAAAGUUGUUCACUGAUAAAAAAAAAAAAUAACUUAAUAAAUAUUUUGAAUAUUUUGAAAAUUUUACCACAUCUAGAAAAGGCAACAAAAGGUGCUACACUUACAAAUCGGAGCAAGAUUUCUGAUAGAAAUUGUGUACAAUAGGCAUAAAAAAUAAUAAUAAUAAACACUGUAAACCAAUAAAACCACAUCGGUUUUUUCCAGUGAAAUAUAACAAUUGUUCGUAAAAUAAUAUUCUUAUAUUCGUUUAAUAUUAUUAAUUGUUUCGCGUUCAAAAUUAUGUCACGGUGGCAUUUGUGAACACGCGGCACACUGCGUAGCUCCGUCUUUAUUAGUUAUAUUAUGUAAACGACAGUAGACGAUAGGUAGGUAACAAUAGUAACAAUAAAAAUAAAUCAAAUACUGUGUCUUAUAUAGGUUAUAGAUAUGGUUACGUGGGUAUUGUCGAAGAAAAAACAGUUGUAAAUAAAUAUGGUAUCGUAUUAUUGAAUAAUAAAAAACGAAACGGAAGAAGUCCUGAUCACCAAAGAAAUGUUGCGAAAACGAAGAAAAAAACCUACCCGCUUUUCGCCCGACGAAAAUAUAUUUUAAUAAUGCAUAGAUUAUUUUUUACUAUCUACCUAUAUAUACAUUUUUUUAUUCAAGAAAAUCAGAUUAAAUGACAGAAAAUAAAAAUGUGUAUGUAUACAUUUUUGAUUAAAUUACCCCGGCAAGAAUAGCUUGUAGUGGGAGGAGGGGAGAUAAAUGAGUUACUCGUUAACAAAAAUCAAAAGUCAAAAUUUAAAAUAAAAUAGUAAAUAUUAAUUCCCAUAAAAGUUGAAUUUUCUAAAUAAAAACUAUGACUAUUGUUUACAAAUUAAGAUUUUCUAUUAAAUAAUUAUAAAUAUAUUUUUUCAUUAUAUAAAUAACUUAGUUCUUUUUUAAAGUUGUAAAAAACAUUUUUUUAAGAAGUAAAGGCAUAGAAAUAAACAGUUGAACCUAUAUAAUCUGUGAAAUGUUUACCAAAAUAUUGUUUUGUGUAUCAAACGUUUAUGUCGCACUCUCUAAUUUCACGUGUGUUAAAUUAUUAACAACUUACUUACCGUCAAAUUUAUUUAACUAAGUAAAUUGUUUGUACAGAGAUCUGACAGAAAGUACAUUAAGUUCUAAAUAACUUUUUGUAGAUGAACCUAUUAAAUGAUUUUUAUUUAAGCAUAUUUGAACCACUAGGUUCUGUUGAACUUCUAAAGGUCUCAUUGAACUAUUUGCUUAGCAUCCACAGACUAUACAACCAUCAUACUGUAAAAUAGAUUCGUGCAAAGCUUGAUAAACAGUAAAUAUCGUUUUAACGGAUACGAUUUUAUUUAAUUUAUAGAUCUUAAAUGCAUACCUAAAUUAUUGAUAUGUACAUUGCACCGCAGAUGGCAAUCUAAAUUUAAACCUAAGUACUUAGCUCUAUUAUUCUUACUAUAUUUUCUGACAAUCAUGACGAAUAACACUAACAUCAUUAUAUGAAUGAAUUUGUAUUUAAUUGAUUGGUAUAAUGGUUACAUUUUUCAUAGUGAAAGCACUUAAAAAGCAUCAAAAACAGUUUUACUUAUAUUCAGUGACAGUUUUUUAUGAUUCAACUCAUUAUACAAUUGUAUUAAUUCCGAUUUCUGCUUAUUUUUUGUACAGUUCUCCACAAGUAGCUAGAAAAAAGGAGGCAUGUUUCAUCUACUAUAUACGUAACUAUUAAUCCAUUUAUAUUUAAAUCACAUAUGGUUCAUACAUAAAAUAAACAAAACGGACCCUAAUGCACUACCUUGUGGUACACCAAAAUUAAUUCGCUUUUUAUUGCUGAAUACGCCAUUUAUAGUUUCUUCUUGUUUUCUGUUUUCCAAAUAGCUUCUAAACCAUUAUAGACUUUCAAUCACUAGAUCAUAACUUGGCAGUAUUCUGAUUAGUUCAAUGUGAUCAAUAGUAUCAAAUAUUUGCUAUGUCUAAAAAAAAUCGCUAUUAUAUCUUCUCAUUAUUGUCAAUUUUUUGUGAAAACUCAGUAGUCAAAGCUCUAAUCGUGCUCUUAUCGGAUCUAAAACCAAAUUGGGUUUUGGAAAAAAAUGCAUUACUUACUUUCUAAAUAGGAUAUAAGUCUGGUUUUAAUUAUUUUUCAAACAUUUUUUGAAAAAAUUAUAGAGCGUGAAAAUAGGCUUAUAGUUUGAUAUUGUUUCUUUGUUUCCUGAUUCAAACAAAUGUUGAACAAUGGCAAAUUUAAUUUUUUUAGGAAAUUUACUUGGUUCAAAUGCAUAUUUUUAAUACAUGGAUUAAAGGCUUAAUAACAAUAAUAGAUAGGUAUGUGCUUUAGGAGUUAAACAUAUAUUUGAUCGAAACCAGUGUCCAAAACCAACAAGACUAACAUUAGCAAAAUAAUCAUUAAAAACAUUAGCUUAUCAAAAGGACACAUUAUCGGAUAACUAUUUUAUCUGAAAUUGUGUCAGUAUUUUUACUAUUUUUCAUUCCAAUUAUUUCAUCCACUAAGUUUGUUUAGGAUUACAGUAUACCUUAGAAAAGUUAUUUUUUAUAAAAAUUAAUUUUAGAAUUUCUUAUAAUUGUGUUAAAUUUGUUUCUACAGUUGUUAAAAAGAAUACGUAAAUUAAGAUUGAAAGAAUAUUUUUUGACUUUUUUGAUUAAUCAUUUUAAUGACGUGAGGUAAACAAUUUAAUUAUCAUCCAUUAUUUUAGUCUUUAAUUUUUAGAAUGAACCUUUUUCAUGCUGCUAGCUUUCUUAAUAGCAUUAAUGAUUUUCCCGUAAAAAAUAUGAACACACUGAUUUACAUUAGUUGUGUUUAAAUACACAAUAGACAAUACAAAUAUAUACAAUAUAUAAUAAUAUAUAUUAUAAUGUUCGUAAUGAAUUACAAAUUUUAUUAGGUAUAUAAUUUGAUUAUUUGGUUCACGAAUAUUUAUUAAAAUAAUAGUUUUUAAUCUUAGUGUAUAAUAAUUUAACCGGAAAAUUAUUAUUAUUUAAGUGUUAUGAACAAUAUAAUAUAAUACUUUAAAAAAAAAGUCUGAUAUUAUAACUAUAUAAUACCUAUACUCGUAUAAUUAUAUUAAUCGCAGCAGUAUUAUUAAUAACGUACUAUGUAAAAUAAUAAAAUAAUCGUACUACAGUCGAAGCCUCAGAAGAUUUUUAAUAAUCAUUUUUUUUCUUAUUUUUUUUUUUUUUGGAAGUCGUCCAAUAUACAGUUAUAUACGUAGGAAUAAUAAUUUUGAAUUCGCCUCCUUUCUCUUUGCACUUCAAUUUAUUAUAACGAUUGUAUACAAAUAUAACAUAUGGCCGUCGUCGUAACAGCCGAAUUUAUUGUCUUUCUUUCUACAUAACGAGCAAUGUAUCAUGUAUAUAACGAAAAUGUGUUGGCGUUAAACAUACACGUAAACGUCUUUACAAUCGAUUUUAGUCGUGAUAAAAUUUGUAUUUGACAACAUUUCGAAGAUAACCUAGUGACUCGCUUAGAAAUUUCGGCAGGAGUUAUGAUCCCCUAACCCCCCCCCCCGUUCUGUGCGCAAGUGCACCACUGCUAGCGAGACCUCGUCGUCGUUUUUUAAACAAUUUGUAUUAGUACAAAGAACUAACACUGUUGACGGGUGUGCUAUGUAUUCAUAGGCGCAACCAGAAGGGUGCUAGGGGGUCUUUAGCUCCCCAAAAAAAACCCAAUUAAGUUUUUCAUAGUAACGAGCAAUUAACGAGCAGAACAAAAUACAAGUUUCCUACAGACAAUGCAUAUGUGCAUGAAAAAUAAUAUUAAAAUAGUCAUGAUAAAUUUGUAUAUACAACAUUGUAAAUGAAAGUAAAAGUCGUGUAAAGGGGUUUGUGGGGGUAUAGCCUUCAUGGAUCUUUGAUGUGUCCAUAAUUUUAACACCCCUAGAGUUAGUGGUUUAGUUGCACCUAUAUAUGUACUGUUGUAGUAGGGUACUAGGGUAAUAAUCGGGAAGGCAUAGAAUAUACAGAGCAAUUUAGUUUAUAUACUACAUGCAACGAUAAAUCAUUGCGAUCGAAAACGGAAUAGUAUAAGUCGUGUUUUCCCUUGUUAUUAAGGUCUACCCAAAAAAUUAAAAUACAAAAAAAAGGACCUAGGUUAAGUAAAAACAAAAAAACAUAGGAAAAACACAGUUUUCCAUUCUUAAGUUAAUAUCACCACUAGUUGAAAUUGUUUUCUCUAUCUUCCCAGGAAAGCAUGGCAAUAUGUCAAGUAUGUUAACUAAAAACAGUGUAAAAUGAUUUUGGGAUUUAAAAACCCAUUUUUAAUGACCAACAAAUAAGAAUUAUCAGAAAUUUCUGAUGAAAAUAUUUAGAGUACUACUAAAGUAGAAAAGGAAAUAGACAUUUUAAAUUUAAAAAAUGCAGAAUUAAAAUCAGAAUUAAUUUAAUUUUGCUCUUCUGAAAAACUGUAAAAAAUGAGUUAUGACAGUUUUCGUUUCUGGAGUCAAUAGGUAUGUUUAUAGAGAAUAAUUAUUAUUGUACAUCGGUGACGGGGUUUUUUUUUUUUAAACCAUGGUCAUCUCGUAUAAUAUUAAAUGUGUUUUAUCCCCAAAACCGAUAUUAAAGGUCUCAUUUGAAGGUGUUUUAUGCGUGAAUACUAGGUAUAUUAUAAUGACCUUUAUAGAAGGACCACUGCAGAGAGGCGAAACGCUGCAGUUGCGCCUUUUAUAAAACACAUCGUAGGCAUGAAACAAUAAAAAUGUAGCUGCCUACGUAAAUGCACAAAACAAAUACAAUAGAAUUUGUUUGCUAUCGUGUGUUGUGUGUAGGUAUAUAAAAGCGAAUUAGUCACGAUACGAUACUUAAUAUUAUGUAAGCCGUGCGAAUAACACAUUCGGUGGACCAGACUUCUUAUAUAUUUUUUAAUUAGUACACCUAUAAAGCAAUAGACUUGCGUAAAAAAAAAAAACAAUAAUAAUACUAUACGGUAAAUUAAUACACUGUAAAAUUACCGCUGCAAUAAUAGGUACAUCAGUUCAAUAUAGUUAUAGGUGGUAGUAGUAAUGCAAUUUUUUACGCACGCACAAUACAUGAGGGAAUUUCGACAAAAUAUAUUUCACCAUGUGUUGAGAAAUUUGGUCGACGAUCGUUUUUAGAAAAAAAAAAAAAAAAAAAAAAAAAAAACAUAAUUUUCUAUAGAAUGUACUGUUUGGUGUACAAGUUGGACAAGAAAGGUAAAAACCGAUAACAAUAUUGCGGUAUGCGUGAACGGGAUUAUGGAAACGAAAAUAUUAGGUAUAUGUUUUACCCAUAAUUCGUCCUCGGGGAUGGUAAAAAAAUAGUUUCGAAACCGAUAAUCUUAAUAUUAAAAUUUUUUCAUUUCGAGUUAGAAAAUUAACGACAGGUUAUCGUAAUAAUAAUAUGAUAACAAUUGAUUGCGGAAAACCAUAUUUACGGUUACCUUACUACUCUUGAGAAAGUCUCCUCCUAAUAAGGUGUCCACAGGGUAUAAAGUUAAAUAAAAAAACUAUAAACGGCCUAAACAAUCCAAUAGGUACCAAGUCUCGAAUUAUCUUUCAUAAAUUGUACGCAUAGAUGUCGAUAAAAUAUUUAUAAUAAAGCAUUUAUAGUAAAAUGUAAAAAAAAUAUAUCAUAAAAGUAUUUUAUAUCACUCGUACUCAAUAGCUUUCACCUAAAAUGGGGUGAAAAAAUGAGGGCUAGAGAAGCGAAGUUCCCCGUUGAGAAUAUUGAUUUUCCCGUAUAAUUUUCGGUUUUUUUUCUCGGUUAAAACAAAUAGCACAAUAUAAACCUAUCUAAAUAUUUACCUUAUAAUACCUCAAGAACCUUUUUUAGAUUCGAAGUGUAGUAAAGAAUGUAUUGGUAUUUUUUAUUUUUUUCAUACUGUGUACAAUAAUUCUACUAGAAAUCUUGCUCCGAAGUAUCAAGUAUAGCACCUUUUUUGAAAGGGAAUUUUCCUGAGAUGGUACUUUAGGGAGGUAAUUUUUUGAUUUUCCAAAGAGUAUUCCCGAUAAAUGACGAAAAACGGAAACAUAUACGAAAUAUAGGCAUAAGUAAAAUUAUAAAUUAUAUUAUUAGACAAAAAACCAUCAAUCACAACAUUAAAUGAUCUAUUUGAUAAAUACGAAGAGAGCCAAGAUAACAAUGGAUCACCAAUACUAAUUUCUUUUUAAUUUUAACAUUAAAAUACCGUGGUCGACCGAAACGAAAGCCUUCUUAAGGUCCAUACAAACUACAUCCACGUGACCGCCCGAUUUUGUGACAUCAAUUAAAUAUCAAUAAAGUACAAUUACGUCGGUUUUCGUUGAUUUGGAUUUCUGAAAGCCAAACUGUUCAUCUAUUAAAAUAUUUUCAAAAAGUACAGAUAUUUUGAGUUCAACAAGUUUAUCCAAUAAUAUUGGUAAAUAACUUAUAAUAUAACUUAACGGUAAUUAGUAAUCUCAGAUUUUGGAUUUUCAAUGAUAGCCCUUUUUCUGAAAGGAAAUCGGACUGGGAAGGUAUUUUAAGGAGGUCAUUUUUUCGAUUCUUCCCAUUUAUUGGAAAACCUCCUGGGAAAAUUACAGACAAAUAAAAAAUCACCCCUAUAGUUUAUUUUUUCACACUCAUUUUAUAAUAACUGUUUUAAAGGCGAAAGUUUGACAAAUUCGUAAAAAUGUCGAAAAAUAUUGUCAUUUAGUUAAAAAUUGAAUUGGUAAGAACGUAAUAAAAACGUUCAAUAUAAAUUGAACAACAAAUAUGUUUAGAACUCUCGAAAUUGCAUAUUUCGUCGAUUUUCACCUCGCUGUUCCUAUCCGAACAUAUUACCCAGUAAUUUUUUACCCUGUUCAAACGAAUAUGAACAAAUUAUACGAAUACAAACGUCCUUAUUAUUAGAUAUUAUAAUAAAGUAUUAACUACCGAUAGAGAACAGCUGUGCGUCAAAACGUUUUAAACACUAGUAUUUAUAUUUCGUGUUUGUGUACACACACACUCCCUCCGUCGCGUCGUACAGUACAACGCCCAAGUAUAGAAACGUCGAAUACUGACAAUUAAAAUAAAAAAAUAAUACAAUAUACACGUAUGAAUUAUUAUUAUUAAAUUAUAAUAAUUGAAAUUAUCAAAAUCUAAGUACUUAGUUUUGAACUCGUUCCCGUUCUCGCGCUCGUCUCGGCUGCUUCUUCUCUGCGGGGUUAUCAAUAAUAAUAAUAAUAAUAAUAAUAAUAAUAAUCCCGUGAUAAUGUGUCAAAAACGCUUUCAAGGUUAUGUUUAAAUUGCUCGUAAACACUCAGAAGAAUGACAUUUGGUCGGACGACCGUUUAUCAGAACGAAUAUCUAAAUUUUAAUUAUAAUGGUAACAGUCAUAACUAUUUCAGUGUUUGUCGGCCAUUGAAAAUCCGAGUUUUUCUUUUACUACCUAUAACUAUAGUGUCUACCUACUCAGUUGAAUGAUGACGAUAGUAAUUAAAAACAAUAUUAUGACGUUUUUUAUUAGCUAUCCAACUGUUCGGCCGAAUCCACAUCUGAUGGAAUAAUGAUGACUGAACAGCAGCACAACACUGCCGUGCUCGAAGUGUCAGUCGAAGAAAAGGGCGUUACACCGAUGUCUCCGACUCUUUUGAACGAUACGUCGCCUACGGUAAAUGUAAAUAUAUCACAGUUGAAACUGGUUCAUAUCUACUUGGUUGCAAUUGACAUUGAUCAAAAUAAUGUUGUAUGUGUUUCAGUUAAUUUCAUUCCCGUCGGACAUCAAUGACUUUCAACCAAAAUUAGACUUUCGAUAUGAUAUUCAAGUGCAUGUUGACAAUCCCCAAAAGAUCAUUGAACCACUGGAGACUUAUAUCACGUACAGGGUAACCACCAAGGUACUUAUUAAAUUUACUCCUCAUUCCCUAGGUAUACAGAAGUCUGACCUAAUUUAUUUGUUUUAGGUCAACAGAACUGACUAUCCACACAAAGAAUAUGUUAUUCGCAGGCGUUACAAUGAUUUUGUGUGGCUCAGACAGAACACUGCCACAGAAUAUCCUGAUCGCAUUGUACCAGUAAGCCGUGUGAUCGAAAAUAUUAUAUUCUCUUUUGAAAAACACUAUAUUCAUUAUUACAGCCCUUGCCAGCCAAACACACGAUUCUCGGCCAGUUGGACAGGUAUUCAAAAGAGUUUGUUUCAUGCCGAAUGGUGUUAUUGGAACGUUUUUUGUCUCGUGUAGUUUGCCAUCCUAUUCUCACUGAAGAUAAACACCUGCGAAUAUUUUUGACUGCAAACGCUACAGUAUAUAUCUAUUUAAUAUGAGAAUAAUUUUAAAAUUUGUAAAAGUUUGCAAUUUAAUUAUCUUAUGUUUAAUUUAGGAGUUUGCUAUGUAUAAAAAACGUGGUGCAGGUUUACUGAGACGCAUGUCAAACAGUCUGAAUACAAUUUCUGUGUCAUAUAAUUCGAGACAGGUGGACUUUGAGUUUGAUCCCAUUAGAAGUCAUCUUCAAGGGCUUUCUGAAAAAUUAACCAUGUUAGAAAAAGUUGCUCAGAGAAUUCACAAAGAAAGAAAAGGUACUAUGUUCAAUAUUUUAAAUACAAAUUAUAGAAAAGUGUUUCAUUUUUUAUUUAGAACUGUGUGUGGAAUCUCAUCAACUUGGAGCUGCAUUCAUCGAGUGGUCUUCUAACGAGCAAUCUGUUUCUGUUGCAUUAUCUCGAAUUGGCCAUACUAUAAAUGCCAAUAGUUCUGCUUUACGUCAAUAUUUAAUAUCAAAUUUUAUAUGUGACUGGGCACAAGUAAUAAUAUGAGAACAAAAAAAAAAAAAUAAAUAAAUAUUUAACAAUUUAUUUUAAUAGCCACUUAAGGACUACGUUAACUAUAUAGAAUGUGUCCGAGAAACGCUCGGUAAAAGAGACUCACUUCAAAUACAGUAUGAACAAUCUCUCAUGGAGUUGGAGAAGAAAAAGGCUGAUAAGGAUAAAGUAAAUAAAAAUGUUUUGUAUUUAAUAAAACGGCCAUAACUUCUUGAAUUAAUCUUAUUAGGUUGCUAAUGACGAAAAGCCACUGAUGUCAUUCUGGUCAAAAUCGGAAACUGACAAAGAAGAACAAAUGGAGAAGAUGAGUCAAGUUAUCCCUAAAUUAGUUUCAAUUGUCGAAACUAAUCAAGAACGGUUAGAUGCCUGUAGUGAUGUGUUUAGACAAGAGUAUGGGCUGUGGAAGUGCCAAAAAAAAACAGAUUUCAAAAAUAUGCUGACUGCAUUAGCCGAAAGCCAUAUACAGUAUUAUCAACAUGUGAGUAAUGAUUUUAUAAUGCAUGUGAGUGGCAAAAUGUUUAAAGGCAGCAUUCUUUUUUUAAAUGUUUGGUUGUUUUUUUUUUUUUAGAGGAUUAUUUUAAUACCUUUUUAUACAAUUAUAUACAUUUGAUAAAUCCUUAUCCAAAUCAAAUAGCUUGUGGUGAUCUAAAUAAUAUCUGACUAUUGUAAUUAACUUUUAAUGAAAUUACAUUUUAUUCACAGGAAAUGUAUAUCUAUAUCUAUGGGGUGAUCAAUUUAUCAAAGACACUCAUUGUCUUGGAAAGUAUUAAUCUUUUCCUGUUAUUUAUUUUCUAGACCGAUGGUUUCCUAUCUUUUCAGGACCACGAACCACAUGGUUUGAUUUUUUAAAGAGUAGUUUAUGAAAACACCAGGGAAAAUCAAAACAUUAUCUCCUUAAAGUACUACCCCAUUCAGAUUUCCUUUCAGAAACUUGAAAAUUAGAGUGAAAUUGCUGGUAGAAAAGUUGUUCACAGAUAAAAAAAAAAAUAAAAUAAAUAAAUAAACACAAUUGUAAAACCAAUACAUUCCUCGUUCUGUUCAGUAUCUAAAAAACAUAAAUUUAUUGAAAUCUGUAUAUUCAAAAUAAUUUUCGCGACCCACCAAAAAUUGACUCUGGACUCACCAGUGGGUCACAACCCACAGUUUGAGAAACACUGUUCUAGAAAAUUAAAAAAACAAGCUGAUACAAUUUUAUAUUUAUGUUAUUUUUUGUCGCCCUUAUUUUUAGGGGUAAAACCAAUAUCUACUAUUGAUUUUCAAAUUAUAAAUCUAUAAAUAGAUGAAGUAUUAGUUAAAAUAAAUUUUGGUGUUGACAUUUUUGAUUUCCAUCAAUCUGCUGAUGAGAUAUUCCAUUUUUAAGUUUGGGUUAAAGAGAGUGGUGGUGUAUUAUUAACAUGCCGCAAGUCGUACCGCCACACAAAUGACACUCUAGUACUCUCCUCCAACCCAAACUUAAAAGUGGAAUAUUUUAUCAGCGGAUUGACAGAAAUCAAAAAUAUCAACACUGUAAUUUAUUUUGACUAAUACUUAAUUACCUAUUAAAUAAUACUUAAUAAUCUAUUAUGGAAUUUUUAAUAUAGGUUGCCAUUUGGAAAUCCAAAGUAGGUAGUGGUUUUACUUCCAUAAAUAAGGGCGACAAAAAAAAUAAUAUAUAAAUAUAAAAUUGUAGAGAAGUUUGUUUUUUAAAUAUUCUAGAAAACAAAUUCUGGAAAAAGUUAAUACUUUCCGAUAUAACUUGUGUUUUACGAUAGAUUGAUCACUCUGUAUAUGAUCUAAAUACUGAAUAGCAUAUUAUUAAUUUUGUUCUCAUUUAGUAUAUUGCUUACACGUUUUAUAUGUUAUUCAUGGUUUUUUAACAAUAUUAUUUAUUUUUAAUUGUGAGAAAUGAAUUUGUAAAUUGUAAAUGUAAUUUGUAAAUGAUGAAAAUAUAAAUUUGUAUCAGUGGUUAAUGUGUUGACAUUAGUAUUAUAUAAAAGAGACAAGGAGAUAAAAGAAAAACCACAACGAGCUAAAUUAUUAUUACUAUUGUAAUUAUAGUGGUAGAGCUGCAUUCGUAAUGCCAAUGGUUGAACAUACUGCAUGAUAGCUAAAAUCUUUAAUAAUAACAACAAUAAUCUUUAUUCUGUAAACUGAUAGUUAGUUAUAGAUAUUUGUUAUUGUUUCUGUAUAAUAAUUUCACAGGAAAUUUAUUUAAUUAUAAAUUUCUCUAAAAAGCUAAGCUUUACAUACUUUGCAACUAACAUGUUAUAAAUAUAUUGUCUCUUUAUUGUUCUAACUUUACAAAGUUAUUUGUUACAGUGUGCAACAUCGUGGGAUUUGGUGUUUAAACGAAUGGCAACUGAAUAAAAUAUUGAGCUUAAUCAUUUGAUAAACGAAAAAAAAAAACUUGGACAAGGUAUAUAUUAAUAUAUAUACAUAUAUAUAUUUUUUUGUUAUAUUAUUAUUGUUAUAAAAUUGAUUGGUUAUAAGAUUUCUGGAUAAGAAAUUCAUUAUUGAUCUAGUGUAAAAAAAUAAUUCAUACCAUUGUACUUGUACAAUUCACAUCCACACACACAGAGAUAUUAUAUUAUACAUUGUUUUUAUUUUGUUAAUGUCAUAAUCAUUCCAUGAAUUUUAGUUAUUCAUUUUACCAAAUUAUUAC